AUGUUAAGCCAAAGAGCAAAGGCUUUCUCCAUUGAGUGCCUGUUAAAAGAAGAUUCUUGUGGUCGUAAGUCAGAAUCGCGUGGCAGUUGUCAGAUCACGGCGGAACUGUGUCAUGGUGACCUAUGGCAGGCCUUCAACGCGCUGGGCACGGAAAUGAUUAUCACCAAAACUGGAAGACGGAUGUUUCCGGCGUUGAGGGUGAAGUUUAGAGGCCUGAAGCCAGACUCCUGCUAUCGUAUCUCUAUUCACUUCGUCUCUAUUGAUCAGAACAAAUAUCGAUACGUCUAUCACAGCUCCAAAUGGAUGGUCGCAGGUCCAGGAGAUCAGAUGAUGCCGGGACAAGUUUAUGAACAUUCUGAUUCUCCACUAGAGGGCAUUCACCUGGACGGACAGGUCGUUUCUUUCGAGAGGAUCAAAUUGACCAACAGUAAUAUUCCAAAAGAGGGACAGAUUUCCCUGGUAUCCAUGCAGAAGUUUCAACCUCGUAUACGAAUUACGGAGGUUUUUCCAGGAAACCUCAACGCAGAGAAAAUGACAUCACCAGGCGAGGACCUCGUUUUCGCAUUUCCGCAGACUUCUUUUAUGGCGGUGACCGCCUACCAGAAUCAGGAGAUUACCCGUUUAAAAAUUGCUCGGAAUCCGUUCGCCAAGGGUUUUCGUGAGGCCGGAAAAACAAGAAGUUCACUGGACGCAAUCAUGGCUUCAUUCAGAUUAUCAUUAUCCUCCAAGAUGCCGUCAUUACGCGAUGAUAAACUCGGUCAUAUCAAAUCUGAAGCAUUUUGCGUGAACCAUGGACAGUUACAGGAACAGACGACAGUACCAUCAACCUCCCGUCUUCCGCCCAGUACCAGUUUCCUCCACCCUGUAGCAUUGUCCUGGUGUGGUUUUAAGGACCCUGUAUACCCUCCACCCCCAGCCCACGUCCCGGGGCUGUACUCGCUGGAACUAUGCUCUAAAGAACGGGACGACUUCACUGCCAGCACGUUGCUUUUACAACAGUACAGCUCAAGUUUAAAGACUAUGCAUACGUGUGGAAGCCGUGGGUUUGGAAGCUCUCUGGAGUGCCAGUCAUCUCCUGCCUGGCAAAGUCAUAAUAGGUCACUGCACUGUGACUGUAGCUGUAGGACUGUUAUGCAGGACGACACUCAGCUGAAUAUGACGGAUGUGCAAGAACAACCGGCGGGAAAGCGAUGUCAUCCCGGAGAUGCACAUGAGGGAACGGACAAAAGACCGAAAUCCGAAGAGGCUUAUUAAAUUUAAACCAUUCUUUGUUACACUCCAAGAUUAACACAGCGAUCCUCCUUCACAAAGCUUCCUUGUGGGAAAUUUCUCAGUCUUUGAAAAAUAGUGCAUUUUGUUUCGAGAUUAUUGAGGUGUUUAUAUUGAAAUGCAUUUUUCUUGGGACUGUAAUUGCCAAGAUAUCGUUAGAAGUCUGUCUACGCUAGAUGUAUACUCUACAACAUUGCUAUUUAAACACAUUUUUGGGGGAUAUACCCACCAAGAAAAUAUUUUGCCGACAUGGCAAUUCUUUUAACUCGUAAGUUUGGGGAAAAUGUUUUGCAAAGGCAUGGUCAAAGUACUGUAGAUAUGUCAUUAAACCUCACUAUUUCAAUCCUUUCCUCCAUUGUAUCAUUAGCGGAUGUAACCCGUCAUUAAGAUGACUUCAUUCACAGAACGAAGUCUUUCUACAGGGACCAGGGACCGAAUUCUUCUAGAGUUUCUCAAUCUUAAAAAUGUUAUUUAUUGGUGUACCUGGUUAUUUGUUCCUAAAUAACCGUAUGAAACCUGCGCUUGUAUCAUUAGCGGAUUUAACACGUCAUUAAGAUGACACCAUUCACAGAACGAAGUCUUUCUGCGAAGACUUGGGAUAAUGGGGCCAGGGACCAAAUUUUUCUAGAGUUUCUCAAUCUUAAAAAUGUUAUUUAUUGGUGUACCUGGUUAUUUGUUCCUGAAUAACCGUAUGAAAACUGCGGAAAUAAAGU